AUGAUUAUUACACUGCUUAUAAGAAUUUAUAAUUAUGCUUCUGUAAAUCUCAUUCUUUUCUUGAUUUUUCAUUUGUGUACAUUGCAUUUAGAAGGGCAUUUGCUUGAUAUUUGUUUGCCAAGAAUAGGAUUGGGAAAUUUAGAGCCUGGCAAAGCCUACCAUUUUCCUGACGGGCCUUGGGUUGAAUAUAAAGGUACAAUUUCACAAAAUGAAAUGCAGAGUAAGCAAAAGGAUUUAGAGCCAGAGGCCAAUGCAUUAAUUUCCAUGGGAGGAAAAGUUUUUGUUGACAUAUUACCGUAUGAUGAAGCUCCUAAGCUUUGCGGUGGGUGGCUUCUGAUUAUGUUCCCAAGGUCAGUCUAUAAAAGAUAUAACCUUAUAGCUUACUGCAAAUAAUUUCCUUUGUUUUCUUUAAACUGAAAUAGUUGUUGGCUUUGGUAUCACCAUAAUUCCUGUGACAUUGUUAUCUUACAAGGUGCCUUCCAGUGUUUGUACAAAAUAUUUUUAUUUUUAUUUUUGGGUAAAUCAAUAAACUUCUGUUAGAUUUUCUGUCAAAGGUCCACUGACAACAUUACAAUAUAUUUUGUAUCCCUUAGUAUAGCAUCCAGAAUAUUCCAGCUCAUACAGUCUCUUCCAUUGGUCUCUGAUUCUGAA